AUGCGUCUCCUCAUCUUGGCUCUCUUCGUGCUCUUCGCCAUCACCCAGGCCUAUCCGUCCACCGAAUACCAGCCUCGUUACCGCAAGAGCCAGACCCGUGAGUUGUCCUUUCGUUUCCUGUUGACCCGCAAAGUGUCCGGUUUCAGAGGAGGCUAACAUCCAGCCGUUCAUCCGGUUCCGCAAUCGACCCAGCCUCAGAACUGGAUGUUCCGUCCCGACGUUGCGCCGUACUUCGAGUGAUCUCCUUCGUCGGAUCGUUCUCGCACCAUGUUAGAAAUCAACUGAUACACAAUAAUACUCUUUUCCGUUUCGAGGGGAAAUUGUGAGCACUAUUCGAUAUCAUACGUCGUCUGAUUUCAUUGAUAUUGAUAUUAAUAAUAAAAGCUUCCAUUGUUGAUGAUGUAACUGAAAGAUGAAGUCGUUGUUUUGAUUUGGGAUCAUAGAGGAAGCAUAUUGAAACCCCGAAACGGCACGGUCACCAGUACAGAUUCCUCGGGGAGUGUCUGUUUCCAUCAGUUGAAAAGAACUUUCUGAUAGAUGUUCAUAGUGUUGCAGAUAUGAAGAGACCCAACUGUUUGCUUAACUUUCAUUUCGAUGUUCCCUUCCCAGCACUUAUCAAAUCAAACACACCGCUGCCUACGUGUUAAUCCACUCCCCUCAUUUCUUUUGCUCACAACUAUUUCGUUCUGGAAAUGUCACUUGCUCAUUAACACGGUGAAUGAGUUUCUAACAAUUUACGGAUUAUAGCGACUCGUGCACAUCGUCAGAAAUUGAGUUGUCGCCGCGUUUUCUCAUUCCGUCUUUACUAUUCCUUCGGUUUCUCUCCCGGGAAUAGCGGGCGAGAGCGAGAGACGCAAACGAUAGUCACCGGAAAGAAAGAAAAAGCAGGCUGCCUCGUUUUCUUGGCCCAGGAAACCCUCCGGCUGCUCGCAAUUGAUAUCCACAGAGGCUCACUCUCCACCCGAAAACUUUGUAGAGUGACGGACACGGCCACGAAAGCAUUCCAGUUGUUUUCUUUUCUUGUCCUUCCUCUUUUGAACAGCUUCUUCAAUAUGUUUCGUCUGCUCGGAGGGCUCAUCCGUCUAUCACUCAUAGCCUCGUAUCCCAUUUCAUCCAUGUGCAUAUGUGCUAACGGCCAAAGAGAUGACGGAGAUACAUAAGAGAGCGGGAGAGAGAGAUUGCUCUGCUUCUGCUCUCCGGCUCUCCGGAAGCAAUUCUCUCUAUCUCCGGCCGCUAUAAAUGUGAUUAACAAUCAGUUCGCUUGUUCGUUUCCGCUCUGAUUGACUCCCAAAAUAACGGUUCACUGGUCCCCAGUCUCCGGAGAGCGAAAAGAAUGUCGUGCUCUUCGGAUAUCCUCUUUAUCAGCCGGAUGGCUUGACAGCUUCGUGGGGGCGGAAACGGCUCAAACGGCCCGACAUUUGGAGACAGCUCCGGGGGAGUUGGCUUCAGAGUGCAAGUAAUUCGAGACGCCACGUCUUCUUCUUCUCUUUCAUCGCACCGAGCUCCGGAUUUCCGAGCAAUCACCUUCUGAGUCACCUCCAAAUCGGUAAUCCACCUAGUACACCACAAAACUGCUUCUCGCCCAUUGUGUCACAAGAAACCAAUUUGCGUUUCCCUCCGUUUCUCAAGUUCAAAGCGAGCAAGUGCUGGAAUAAUUGCGAGAGCCGCGUCCUUUGCGGACACAUCUCGCUCGCCCAAUCCCCUGCUCACCCGUAUGUUAUUCCGAAGGUGUCGGGAGUACCGAGUACAUUGCCUCCUUUAUCUUCUAUACAAUUUCCAGCGACCUAUCUGCCACAAGACCUCAUAAAGCCAACGGAUUUAUGGGCCGUCGAAACCAACGCCUUCUCCUUUUUUCCUUUAUCCCCUCUCCAUUCAACCAUUCAUUUUGAAAUGUGUUUUAUGGAUGUAUUGUGCCAAAAACAAAUGAAUAAUGGAUCCUGGCGCUGCCUUUCCAUAACCGCCGCCGCCCCCAACUUGGUCCUCUCAAUCAGGUCACUCGGGUGCCUCAUUACGUCCCCACGGCCGGCUGUUUCUUUGUGUAGAAUAUUAAAACGACUUCUUCUUCUCGUGGCUCUCCUCUUUACAUUUAUAUCUUGUUGCCUUCCUCUACUCGUAUGCGGCUUCUUUGCUACGCCCAAUUUCACUUUGUCCCAUGCGAAACUUUUGCAGAUCCUUCUUCCAUUCCGCGAACAAGCAGUCGGCAUGGCUAGUAAGUUUUGUUUUGUUUUCCUUUCCUCCGAAUUCUUUAUUUCUCCGGAGGGACACGACGCCGUCUGUUUGUACACCUAGGAGGAGAAGAAGAAGAAGAAGUGGUUAGGGAAGAAGGUUUUCUGGAAAGAUGCGUGCAAAAACAGCGAAAUUAAAUGGACUCGGUCGUCAUCUCGUGAAAAAGAAACUUGCCGGAAAGGGAUACAUUUUCGAGUGGCUCAAACAUCGAACGAUGGAAAAGGGAACACCUGAAUGACGUGGUUAUCCUUUCAGAUUGUCCUCCGCACUGGACUGGAGCUGCUUGCGACUGGCCGAUCUGCGUGAACGGAAGAGCCAAUGCGGCGACGAAGUUGUGCCAAUGCACCAAUUACUAUGCUCCUCCAUUUUGCAUUUCUUGUCUGCCAGGUUGGUUAUCGUCCCCAGAGUUCCCGUUCAGCUUCUGAUUCCAGGAUACUGGGGCGAGUCUUGUGACCGUCAGCCUCUCAAAGGAGUCACUUCUGCCAGCGACUUCCCGAUCCGCAUCCCUCCGUUCCUGGUCAAGCCCAUCCUUCUGGCCAUCGCCCUCUUCUUCAUCCUCUUGAUUGUAUUCAUGAUCUACAGGUGAUUCUGUUCCCCUCUCUCCUCCACUUUUCCCCAUUUUCAGAGUGCGCACCUACAUCCGCAGCCGCAAGCCUCCUCGCUACGACGACAUCGCCAAGGACCUUCCGCCGCCGUACACUUCCUAA